AUGGUAGCAUCGGCGUCUCGUUUCAGUUCAGCCGAGCUUCCGUACUUGCGUUCGUUUACAAAGCCACAGAACAAUCUGCACGUAAACAGGGGUGAGAAACCUUACGUUGGGAGGAACUCCUUGUCUCAGUUGGAUGAUGCGGCGGGUAGUUUUGUGCUUGGAGACGAAGGACUCACUCAGUCGCAGAGUAGUGACAACGAUGAGUCUGAUGAGGCACCUGAAACCCCGGCAAAUGACUACGAGGAUAACUUGACUCCAGACCUAUAUGGAGAGCGAGGCCCCUUUGAGGAGGUGUAUGAAUUAUUGAGGAAGACCACGGUGGAAAUGCACCCCUUCCUUGACAUGAAUGAGCAGCGUUUACUGGUCGAAAAUGAACGGAUGCAAAAACACUAUGAGUUAUUUAUUUCCAUGGGACAAAAACAUACACGGCCUCUCAACGAGUUGAGCAUCUUCAGUCGGUGUCUUCUCAACGAGGCUCAUCGAGUUCACAUUUCCCUUGUACGUCGUUACAAUAAAACCUGCCAGGAAAAGUCACUUCCACUAAAGAAUGAACAGGAGAUCAAUCAUCAAUGGCAAUGUAUUAAAUUAGCGGUGGAGCAGGAUCUCUACAUGGAAGGCUUUGCAGCGGUUCAACGUCGGCUGUCGUGUAUGUGCAUAUUUAAUCCCAGCACAGAUGAACGUCCAUAUGGUGACAAUGAACAUGUUCGGCAUCAGCGACUGCUUCGUCAGGAGUGCGUCCUCAGCCGUCUCAUGGCGCAAGCAAGGGAGGGAGGAAGCAUGCUUUUUCUUGACUUGCACAAGCAGUAA